AUGCAUGGAUGGGGCCUUUUCUUCUUCCUCCUCUUCCUCCUUCUCAUCUUCGCCGUCGUCGGCUGGGUCGGCUACACACAGUACCAAGCGCGAAAACAAGGCUUACCAGCUCCCUCGCUGAAGUCCUGGAAGACAUACAUUCCAUUACUCAAGACCCAGGGCUCCUCGAACUACCCUGCCCCGCGCCAUGCCGGGCCUCUCGAGUGGUUCCGCGAUCUAUUCUCCAGGCUCACCAACAAGCGCACUGCCAGGGGUGCCUACGAGGAGGCGGGCGCAGAAGCCGGUCUCAGUGGUAGAAGGAGGGGGCGAGGUGUUGAGGACGAUGCAUGGGAUGUCAGAGUGGGCAAUGAGGAUCCGUACGCCUCCGGGCCGGGGUACUCAGGCUACGAAGAACAAGAGCUGGGCCUUGCGCCGACACCAGGCUUGCAUAAUGAGCCGUAUGCCGGUGGCAGCGGAGGCGACUAUCUCGGCGCCAACCGAGGCUACUCCGAAGUGGACAAUCGAGGACGCCCAUCGAGUGCGAAAGGCUUGGAUCCCUUUGGUGACCAGAACGAGGCACCGAGUCUAAGGAGUGUAAGUCCCCGGCCCGAGGCGGAUGGUGGUCGGGGACAUACCAAAGGGAGUCAAAGUCUUGAUACCCAAGGCAGUGGGGACGGUGGCUCGAGUCCCACGAGUACAAGAAAGAGCGUCUUCAGAGAAGGGAUAUGA